UGAGAUCUUCAGAUUUGGUUCAAAAUUCGUGUAGUAAGCACAUACAAAAUUGUGUAAAAAACUUACAUUAUUUUUUUGUUAGGUGUUCUCCUCCUAAAAGCCGCUCAGCACACACAAAAUAUAACCAAAUUUCAACGAAUAAUAUAUUCUGAUAUUGCCCGAAGAGCUUUGAUUUCACCUAUCUCUUAAACAAUAUGUGCUGUGGUCCGGCUGGAUGGUGUUCAUUCUGUGGCCCACCGUGUGGCGGACCCUGUUGUCAAUCCUGUUGUGUUGAGAUGUGUUUCUCGCCCUGCACCCCGGCGUUUUUGCAAUGUUCCUUCUGCUGUGGCUGUUAAACGACGGCAGACCUGAUGGCCCCUGGCGUCGACUGUUGACUGCCGAAGAGCCGGUGGAUCAAACUGCUCCGAUCUGGUUCGAUCAGCAAGAUUAAUGCAGCAUUUCAAAAAUGUGGUAACAAAAAAAUAAUGUAAACAAAAAAAAAAAAAAAAAAAAAAAAACGGAAACUUUAUCUUGCAAUUGUAAUAAACACGAUGUUCAUGUUGAUAAACCUAUGGGUUGGUAACAUUAACAUUUUAAUACAAUUCGA